UUUGUGAGGAAUAAGCGGACAGCGGCAAAGAUCCCUGGAGGUGCGGCAUUUCUUUGUAUUUGCAUCGUUUCUGUUGUCUUUUUUCCUCCCUCCACGCCCGCAGAGAACAGACUAUCUGUUCGACAUUUUUAAAAGACCCAAAUGCCCGGUCCCACCCAAGCCCUUUCCCCAAAUGGAGAGAAUAACAACGGCAUCGUCCCGGACAACGGAUCCAACAUCAUUCCUUACAGGAAAAAUACAGUGCGGGGAGAGCGGGCCUACAGUUGGGGGAUGGCGGUCAACGUAUAUUCUACCUCAAUAACCCAGGAGACUAUGAGCAGGCAUGAUAUCAUUGCCUGGGUUAAUGAUAUUCUCUGCCUGAACUACACAAAAGUGGAGCAGCUGUCUUCAGGAGCUGCCUAUUGUCAGUUCAUGGACCUGCUCUUUCCCGGCUGCAUCAGUCUUAAGAAGGUCAAGUUUCAAGCUAAACUGGAGCACGAAUACAUUCACAAUUUCAAACUAUUGCAAGCGUCUUUUAAGCGGAUGAAUGUGGACAAGAUUAUUCCUGUGGAGAAACUGGUUAAAGGCAGAUUUCAAGACAAUCUUGAUUUCAUUCAGUGGUUUAAGAAAUUCUUCGAUGCCAAUUAUGAUGGUAAAGAGUAUGACCCGAUUGCAGCCAGACAGGGUCAGGACGCCAUUCCUCCCCCUGAUCCCGGCGAGCAGAUCUUCAAUUUGCCAAAGAAGUCUCAUCAUGCAGCCAGCUCCCCCACUGCAGGAGCCUCCAGGUUUAGCUCUACAACCCCCAAAUCUACAACACCAACAUCCAGACCCUCAUCAGCCAAAAAGAUUCCUGUAGCUGGAUCAACUCCCGCCAAAGGAGAGAAGGAACUGGAAGCACAAGUCGCACAUCUCACUGAGCAGGUGAACACGUUAAAGUCGGCUCUGGAAGGAGUGGAGAAAGAGCGCGACUAUUAUUUUAGCAAACUGCGAGAAGUAGAACUUCUGUGUCAGGAGCAGGGUGAAGAAAACGCGCCGUUUGUUGAUCGACUGAUGGAGGUUCUUUACGCUUCAGACGAGCAGGAUCGAGGGGAGUUGGCCGAGGGUGAAGACAAGGAUGAGAACCAGCAUGAAGAGGGACCAGAUGAUCAGCAGGAGGAACAGGAUGAAUAUUGACUGCCAGCAUUCCUCUCUGCCACCACACCCCUCUUUUUAAUAUGUGAGAACUCUGACGUUUUUCUCAUGGUGCAUUUUUUCUUUUUUUCUUUUUUUGACCCCUUCCAAGACCAGAAACACAUGAAGAAAGCUCCUGACCAGAAGUACCAUCACAGAUUUCUCUUUUUUGCCCCCCCCCCACACCCUGCUCACUGUUUAGUGUUGUGACUUUUGGUAAGCUGCUGUGAUAGCUUUGUGUUGGUGGUCUCCUCCACUGACAGACAAGCUCCGACCAUCAUUUUGGAGUGGGUGACAAGUCCAUUCAAACCUGUUGUCGAUGUGAUGAAACUCUAAAGUUAAAUCAGGUAAAACGGUACCUGACAAGUGCAUAUGUUAUGUUUGUACUUUUUUAUUUUUAAAUUUUGUUAUUUCAAAGAUCAAUAUUCAUCACAAGAAUGCAAUAAGCAAAGCCCUGGAAGGGCGUACAGUAGCUCUUAUUUAACCUUUUCCCAUGAGUUGCACUGACGUUGACUCUUUUAUUGGACAAUCUGUCCAUAGCUGUAUUUAUUAUUGUUCUUAAGCCUUAGUAAUAGUGCAAAAAUCUGUAUCGCAUCUUCUUGAAUGAGGACAAGGUUUAAAAUUAUUAAUGAAACAUUAGAAUGCCAACUUAUAUCUGUUUGGCAGCUUUUCCUCACCAGUGGUUUUCAGGUUUUAUCGGUGUGUUGGACAAUGUUAUUCAAACUUUUGCAACUUGGUUUAGUGCUAGCCGUUUAUUUGCUAUAAAAAGGAGCAGUUAUUAUUCUGGACUAGUCUUACAAGGAACAGCAUUUUAAAUGUUUUUCUCUGCUGUAAAAUGUUUUCACCGCUCAGACUUCUGCCAUUUUUUUUUUUUUUUUUUUUUUUUUUNNGCCACAGGUCUUAGGGAGUCUGUUCACUGAGCAAUUUGCCUCACUAUAUUCCAGUAAGUACAUUGUAUACCCUUUAUUAUUGCAUUUACUAAUAAUGAACUGGUCAGUGCACCAAAACGCUUUAGUUAUAUAUUACUGUGUAAAUGAAAAAGGAAUGUAAACAUGUACUGUCAAUAAUAAUGAAUGGUAAAUAUGUUUUUUUUUUCCAUGUCCCACUCAUUAUGCAUUCCCUGAAAAAUGUGUUGCAUGUGUGCAUUUUUAUUUGUGAAUAAAUUGACCUGCUUUUUACAUAUUUAAUAAAAAAAUAGACAUGUUAAAUGUGCUUGUGUAUGUUUAACCUGCUAUUUGAGCGAUGUUUAGAUCCAGAUGGUUUUGCUGUAAUAAAAUUGCAUUUUGAGUC